GAAAAAAACACAUACUGAAACUUUUUAGUCCCUGUGUAAUAAGUAAAAAUUAAAUAUGGCAGACGUUGAGCAGCCACCAAUCAAAGUCACAGUUAAAGUUAUUAAUGCAAAAGGCCUGUAUGGAGUCAAAGGAAAUAAUUUAGUAACUAUCGCUAAAGUAGAAUAUGGUAGUGUAAAACUUGGAGAGUCUGCCAAAAUUCAAGUUGAGUCUGGAAAUGCACAGUUAGAUUUUACUUGUACACUUCAUUUAAAGUUAUUGGAUCCUUUAGUUUUAAAUGAAAUGGCUCAGACUAACAUAUAUGUUACUUUCAUUGAAGUUUUGCCUAAAGAAAAAAAAUCAAAGGAAGAGAAAUCAGUGGAGCUUAGUCAGUGCUGUGUUGACUUGUUACCUUUGUUGAAAGGCGAGGUUGAGUUUACAGUGAAUUCUAAUAUUCAUAUGACACAUCAAGUUGAAGAUUCUCCACAACAAACAUGUGGAGUGGCUGAAAUAUUUGUUUCAGUAGCUAAACCUCUUCUAAAUUCUGCGCAACUUCAAAUGAGUAAUAUUCUCACUUUAUGUGUGGAAAGUGCAUUUUCAAUACCAGAAACAUGGUGUCAAAUGGCUGCAAAUUAUAAAUAUGCUGGGUGUAUGCCAAUUCCUAUAACAACUGAUAAUGAAACUUUUUUGGUUUUUUCAAGUGGGUUAUUUAAAGGACCAAUGGAAAAGGAAAUCAACUCACAGAAAAAGAGCUUUAUUCCAAAUGUAUCUGAAUGCAAUACAAAAAUCCAAAAUAAGCAGGCUUCAAAAAUAGUUUAUGAAGAAGAUAACGGUGAUUUAAAAUCUCCUGAUGAUUUUAAAUUUCGUAUGGAUGUUGAGUUAAACAAACCAAGUGUUGCAUGGAAUGCUGAGCAACGUUGUUUCCUAAGUGCUGUAUCAUUGGAAAAUUUGCGCCAGUUGAUUGCUUGUAACCGCUACUUACCUUUUGAAAUAAUUAGAACUGUAGAUUCAAGUGCUGUAAAACCAAAAUCAAAAGAUGAAGAAUGUUCUUAUACUUACCAUGGCAUAGCUUAUGUUGAUCUUGCUCCUUUACUAUAUCCUGGAGUGCAAUGCAUUCAUGGGGCUUAUUUAGUUCACCCAUACACUGAAAAUGAAGCAUUAAAAAAGUUAAAAAGAAAAGGUGUUUUUAAUGAUGAAUUUGUCAAAAAGAUGAUUAAUGUGGAAUCAAUCAAUAAUUCUCUGGGCACAUCAAAAUCUUCAAAGCAAGGAAAACAGGACAGCAAAAACAAACAAUCUAUUGGUAACAUUAAGAUAUCAUCUCCAAACGGAUCAUCAGAAGGUGGUGAUGUAGUCCAUGAUAGUCAGCAAUAUCAGGAUUCAAAAACAUAUAUUGUUCUUGGAUUAAAGUUGGAUAAACCACUUGUUAAAAAGCGUUUAUUGGAAGAUAUUAUUGAAAGAGUUGCAGAAAUUCUACCCCCAAGACCAAAGUUUGAAAAAGUAGUAGGUGGAAGCAAAAAAGCGAUAGAAGACUAUGAAAAGCAAGUUGAAAAUAUAUCUGACCUGCUAUUAGAAGAAUUUAGAUCUAUGUUUGGGACAGUUUUAAGUGAUGUACCUGAAGAAGUUGAUGAAAGACAAAAAAUAUUUUUUCAUUAUCUUAACACUUCUGGAAAAUACAAUUCUUUCAAAGAACACUUGAAGUACUAUAUUGUGAAGCUAGUGCGUGAGAAGUUUGGGCACAAGAGUAAUUUCAAGAGGUCUGAUGAUUACCAAGCUUUUCUAAGUCAACUUUAUCAAUUUUUAAUGGACCAUGCCAAUCUUAGUUUAAAUAAGUAUUUAUCAAAAGAAGAACUGCAAAAGGUACCUUCCUCUUUUGUCGAUCUGAAACAGUUGCUGCAUUUUGCUAAGGAAUCUGAGAUAAUGUUGAACUUCGAACUUGCAGAAAAAUAUUAUAAAGAGUGUGUUGCAAGAAAUAAAAAUGACUUGAGUUCUUGGAUGGAAUAUGGGUCUUUUUGUAUGAAGUUGCAAGACAUUCAGAGAGCUGAACAAUGUUUUAGAGAAGUUGUAGCAAUUGAUCAGCAAAGUUUGAAAGGAUUGCUUCUGAAUGCUUCUAUACAUUUAAUUCAAGAAGAAUACAAUGUUGCUGAAGAGUUAUUUGAUGCAGCAACUCAUUAUCACCCAAAUAACAUUUUAUCAUGGACAUUAUUAGGACUCUUUUACUUAACUGUCAAUAACAGUAUAUUAGCUGAACGUUCAAUUAUAGAAGCCAAUAAACUUCUUGAUAAAAUAGUUCAUGCAGAUUUUGCUGAAGAUCAUGAAACAAAAGUGAUGAAAAAUUUUCCCAGUAUUUUUAUGAUUGCUGCCAAUUUUUAUUUGGAAAGAAAUUUUUUUCAGAUGGCAGAGAAAGCUUUGGCUCACGAGUUGGUUACCAUUAAACAAGGACCGCGUCAUCAGUACUAUAUGCUUCUUGCUCAAUUUCAAAUUCAAAAGAAGAUUUUUUCUUUUGCUUUUGAUAGCAUUGAGGAAGCACUUGUUCUUCAUUUCGAAAAUCCUAAUGCUUGGGCACUGAAGGGUCACGUGAAAUAUUUAGAAAAUUGUUUUGAAGAAGCUUUAACGUAUUAUGAAAGAAGCUUAGCCUACGUAGAACAAACCAAUGACUUACAUUGUGUUCUUAUGAGACUUGCUGCGAUUUAUCUGCACAGAAAAAAAGAUUAUCACAGAGCCAAAUCGACUUAUUUGCAGUUGUGUAAAAGUUGGCCAUCUUGCAUUACGUGGCUUGGUGUUGGUAUAGCAUCGUAUAAACUAGAAGAAACUUUAGAAGCAGAACAAGCUUUAAAUGAGGCUAACAUAUUAGAUAACAUGAAUCCAGAUGUUUGGUCUUAUUUGACAUUAGUAUGUUUAAAGUGUAAUCGAUUGACUGAAGCUGAGCAAUGUUAUAAAUACUCUUGCAAGCUUGGAUUUUCGUACGACGACGCAGAACUUGAAAGUAUAGUAAAGGACGGCGUGCUUCUAGCAAAUUUAGAUAUAUAAUUUUAACUAUUAAUUUAUAGUGUUAUAAAAUUUUGCAUAUUCAAUUGUAAAUACAUGAAAUCACAUAUUGAUAAAUAAUAUAUUUUGUUUACAACUUUUCUACAUCAGAUUACA